CUGCUGGUGUAAUUAGCCGUAGCAGCCUUGGUGGUCCCCAGGCUGUCUGAGGAGCGGCAACUCUCCCAAUGUGUGCUGAAGACCAAACUGGAGGAAGCAGCCCUCAAAGUCAGGCAAAGAAAAUACAUGAAAAGGGCAUCAAUGGAUGACACAAUUUUUUUGUAAUGAAGUUUGUUGAUUGAAGUUACCCCGAAGAUCACUUCAAAUAUCAAGACCUGUCUUUGAUGUCCAUUACUACCUAUUAAUGUAGCAUUGCUUUAAACCUUCAAAUAUCUAAUGGUCUUGGUCUUACUUUCUAUGUUUCCUUUCUGUUCAUAACAUGACAUGGUUGUUCCAGUUAUCUUACAGUAUUCUGCGACAUAACCCUGUGGUGAAAGACAAGGUCCCUUCGACGAAUAGGCAUCCUGGCCAUGAGGGCCAGAUACCCACAGUUUAGCUGGAGGCCACAAGAUACCAUUCAAAGGACCCGAAAACAAGGAAGAAGAUGGUAGCCAUGAGUCAGAAAGAGACAACGGAUCUGAGAGAAGUCAAGCCAACCUCUCACAGAGAGGUAGAUGCCAACGACGAGAGAUGCAGACGAGACAGAGGGAAAACACAACGAGCUCAGAGUGAAACCUUCAGUGAAAUGCAGACGUCCAUUGUUCAGGAGGCCGUUCAAUGACUGGCCAAAGAGAGACGCAAAGUCGAAGGAAAGUGACGAUGAGAGCAAUAGCAACGAAGAAAGACGGAGAGCGAAAGCGGCGAAACUCAGAUCGCAAAGGAAAGUCGGAAGUCGGAAUGCAGAUGUCGAUAAGCCAGAAAGUGAAUGUUAUGAGGAAGACGCAAGCGACGACUAGUCAGAAGGAGGAGGGGGAAAAGAGAGCCAUCCACAACCCGGGGAGAAAACACAACUAACUACAAAUGGCCAAACCCAUGAGUCUCUAUGUUCGGGCGCUUUACUUGAUGAUGAAAUUAGUGAUGACAUCGCCUGUUUUAUGAAGACUCGUGACUGGGGUGAUUUGGUCCUCAUAUCAUCUCCUUUGAGGUGUCACACAAAGGAGGACCCUUUGUGAUACCAUCGAAGAGACGUUUUUUCAACACAUUUUCUGGCCUGAAUCGAAUGGUGAAACACAACACUGGGUGGAUCUUUGGUACAUUUAGGUAGUCCUUUGACCCAUUUCAGAGAGCCAGAUGUAUUGCCUUACCUUGGAUUUUUUUUAAAAGGAGACAAGAACGAGUUUUAGUCAAAGGUCACUCUCAGGGGGCUAGGGCGCCAAGAGUAUAUCUACUGUGUAACUCUCGUCUUCCCCCUCACAAUUGAGGAAAGACCAGACAGAGACAACAUGAAGAUGCAGAUGCUGCUGGUGUUGGCUGUAGCAGUCUUGAUGGUUCCCAGUCUGUCUGAGGGACGGAUCCUCUCAAAAUGUGAGCUGAAGAGCUUAUUGGAGGAGGCGGCCUUCAAAUUCAACCUGACUGAGAAAGCCAGAGAGAAUUAUCUGACAAACAAGGACUUUGUGGCAAAAAUCGUCUGCCACGUAGAGAAGGCCACAGGUUUCAACACCAGUUUUGUGUCUCCUUGGAGGGAUGAUGAUGGCCCUGAUGGCAGCCCUACCCACCCUGCUAAGGAUGAUAACCGUCCGACCCGUCCUACCCACCCUCAGCACCCUCCUAGGAGGGGUAAGAGACACGCUGGGGAUUCUCACGGGGAUUCAUCCAGUGCUGAAAGUCAUCAGUUCAGCUCAUCAAAAGAGGACUCCAGAAAAGAAGACUCCAGCGAAGAGGAGACCAGCGAAGAAGAGACCAUGUGGACCCUCUACGGCUUGUUUCAGCUGAGCGACCGUGUGAUCUGUGCCAACGGCUCCACUCCGUCUCUGAACCUUUGCCAGAUGAACUGCAGUGAUUUGAUCGACGACGACGUCAGUGACGACUUGGACUGUGUGGAGACAAUCAAACAGACAGUGGAAAGUGGGCCCAGGGAUCAUAAAAUGGCUUUAAUGAGAAUGUUUAAGCUGCUCUUCCAGAAGGAAUGUGUCAUGACGGUUGCCUCUAGCUACUUCUCCGAGUGUUGAAUGAGAAGCCAUGUCAGAUGACGACCCCCCCAAAGUGUCUUUUCGCACACUAAUCGUUCACUCUUUAAGCAAUACAUUGAGUUACAUAGGGUGAAUUUACACAGGCAGCCCAACUCUAAGCUUUUGCCCAAUUAUUAACCAAUUGCAAAAAAUGACCAAUGCCAAAAGAUCAUAAUUGAGCUUCCUGUGUAAAUGUAGCCAUGGUGUGUAACAAUUAGUUCUCAUCAGCCUCAUUUUCACAAAGUACACCAAAAUAGAAUGUAUGUAGAAAGAAUAAAGUUUAACAGUAUA